AUGAUGGCGCCUACGUUGUCUUCCUCGGAGCAGGCGGACGGAGUAGUCGUCCCCGCCCCGGAUCCGCUCGUCCACGCCGCCUUCGACCAGCACGGCACGCACUUCGUCGCGGCGACGGCCACCGACUUCCACGUCCUCUCCUGCCACCCUCUCGACACCGUCAUGCGCCACCCCGGCGGCACGCCCACGGUGACCUCCGCCCAGCUGCUCACGCGGUCGCAGCUGGCCGUCGCGACGCGGAGGCCCAACGGCGCCGUCGAGGAGGACCGCCACGCGAUCGACUUCUGGAACGGCAUGUGCAAGCCCAAGGACGCCAGGACCAACACCAUCAGGAGCCCGUGCGGCGCCGUGGGCGGGUUCCGCCUGCGCGGGGACCACAUGCUCGUCGCCGGCGAGGAGAAGGCGAGACUGUUCGACGGCGUCCACUGGGAGAAGGAGGUCCGCCGGCGCGGCAGGGCCGGCAGCGUCAACGUGCGCGCGCACGACUCCGGCGUGGCGUGCCUCGCGCUGUCCCGCGAUGGACGGCUGCUCGCCACCGCCGGCACCCGGGGCACGCUCGUGCGCAUCUUCAGCACCGCCGACGGCACCAAGCUGCAAGAGCUAAGGAGGGGCACCGACGGGGCAGACAUUCACUGCAUCGCUUUCUCCCCAGACUCCAAAUGGCUGGCGGUGUCCAGCGACAAGGCAACGGUACAUGUCUUCAGCGUCGAUGACUUCAACCUCACAAGCUCCACGCCGGAGGACCACCAUGCCGGCGAUAACCUUCUGGCGGCACCACCAGCACCGGCAACAGCUAACCAGCGCUCAUCACGCAUGUCAUUCCUGAAGGGCUACCUCCCGACGUAUUUCAGUUCGAAGUGGUCGUUUGCCCAGUUCCGGAUCCCUGACGCCUGUACCAAGUGCUCGGUGGCGUUCGACAAAAGACACCCCAACACCAUUUCCAUCGUGUGCAUGGACAAAAGGUUCUACCGCUGCGAGUUUGACCCGGUGAAAGGAGGCGACAUGGUGCCGGGGGUGUACCACGAGAACUUCAUGGACUUGUGA